GCUGAGCAUCCAUUGCACACAGACAACUGUGGAGACCCCUUGGCACCUAGUCUAUCAGUGGGGUUCCGUCAGGACAGGAUGACCCCCCUCCUCAACUCGGACUGAUCCUUCCCUCACCUACCGACCAGAGACUGAGGGACAGCAGUACAGGAAUUACAAAGAUGGCCCUCUGGUGGAUAGAGUGAAAAUGACUUACAGUCUUAUGCACACAUACCAAACAGUGGAGUUUGUGAAAGAAAAGCACGCAUACUGGGGUUCUUGUACACAUAAAAAGAUGAGUGUUAUGGAAGCCCUCAGUUUGCUGGAUUGUCUGGUGGACGAGUCAGAUCCUGAUGUGGACUUCCCAAAUUCCUUCCAUGCUUACCAAACAGCAGAGGGCAUUCGCAAAGCUCACCCAGACAAAGACUGGUUCCAGUUGGUUGGUUUGUUGCAUGAUAUUGGAAAAAUACUGGCCCUGGAAAAUGAGCCUCAGUGGGCUGUUGUUGGUGACACUUUUCCAGUUGGCUGCAAGUUCCAGAAAUCCAUUGUAUUUGCAGACACAACAUUCAAAGACAAUCCGGACACAAAGCACCCAGUAUACAGCACAGAAUAUGGAAUCUACAAGCCCAACUGUGGCCUGGAAAAUGUUCUCAUGUCCUGGGGCCAUGAUGAAUACCUGUAUAAUGUGUUGAAGUUUAACCAGUGCACCAUUCCAGAAGAGGGUAUGUACAUGAUCAGAUUCCACUCGUUUUACCCCUGGCACACAGGAGGGGAUUAUAAACACCUUUGUAAUGAGAAAGACCUUAAGAUGUUACCUUGGGUUCAAGAGUUCAAUAAAUUUGACCUUUACACAAAGAACGAAGAGAUGCCAGAUGUGGAGAACCUGCAGAAAUAUUACAAGGACUUGAUAGACAAGUACUGCCCUAGAGUAUUGUGCUGGUGAUAUUUUCAGUUCAGACAACAAGUUUCACAUACUCUUGAUCCACUUAAAAUAAUGUACUAUAACCUGUACAUUUGCCAACUCUGUGAUGUGUUUGUUCAUUAUAUCCUGACAAUAUAUCAUAUAUGUGACAAAUAUAAGGUAUUACAUGCUGAAUAAUUGCUAAUUCCUAAGUAAAUAAAUAAAGAGUAGACACUGUACCACAA